AUGAUGAUGCGACCCGUUGUGUGUUUGCUGGUUUUUCUGCUGAGUGUUGCCUCUCUAUGCGUGGGAGGCGAAGUGAAACCUGAUGAGAAACUUUUACAUGAAGCUGCUGCUUCGGAGUGCCCAACUGAAUCUCAAGAGAGUUGUCCAACUGAAGAAAAAGCAGCAGCACCUCAUUCUCCUCCUCUUCCUAUUCAACAACCACAAGCACCUUCUGGUGGUGAUGAUUGUACUACUGGCCCUCCGUGUAGUACUAGUAGCCGUGUUGCAACUACAGCUUCUCCUACUGAUUGUGAAACACUUCCUAAGAAGGAAGGUUGCCCUGAAAGUGUUCCGCAAACUGAAACCAAUUGCGGUGAAGGUUCUGGUAAUACUUGCCCAAAAGAGCAACAGGCUCUUACUGAAGCAGAAGAAGAUACCCGUAGUGGACAAGAUUCUAAAGGUGAUCGUGGUUUAAGUGGGUCUGAAACUCCGCAUUCUACCGGUAAAACAAGUCAAAAUGGUCCUGGUGGUCCUUCUACUGAUACUGAUCCUUCUAACCCUUCUCCUAAUGUUGCUGAACCUGCUGCUCCUGCACCUUCUGGUGAGAGUGUUGGUGCGUCUACAACUGCAGAUCAACCUGAGACUAACAGAAACAGUGACGCAGGUGGCAAUUCAAUACAACCGGACGGUGAUGCAACACAACCGUCUUCAGACAAAGAAAGUAACGAUGGUUCUGAAAAUACAAACACUGGGAGUGGCACUACAUCUGAAGGGGAUGGAUCAACAAGUAACCAAACUGAAGGAGUGGCAGGUAACACAGAUACAACCACCAUCACCACAACAACACUUCCACCUGAACUCACAAACAACAAGAAGGGUGAUGCAGACAGCAGCAGCAGUAUCAGCAGUUCUGUGUGGGUACGUGUACCACUACUGAUUGUGGUUACACUGGCCUGUAUUCUUGUGUGCUGA